AUUGGGGUUCCGUGGUUCGUGGCGUUCUGCGUUGUCCUUUGUCGUUGAAGAUAAAAACCGAGAGAAUCAACGUAAGGAUGAAUAUGGAUGGGAAUGUGAUCAUGGACAAAUAGAGUGCUAUCUUAACAGUGUUGAUGCAUGUCUUAUCAGUUUAAAACCUUCCCAGUCACAAUUAAUAUCUUUUACUUAUUGUCAUGCAAAGAAGGCAAGCAUGCAUAAAUCCAAGGAACAAACUGAAGCUAUAGUUAAACAGUGUGCCGAAGAAAAUAAUUUAUCAUGGGAUGAUAUUAAUACAUGUUUAACUGACGGUACUGUUGAUGCCCUUCUUUUUGCUAAUGAAGAGAGAGAACAAUUUAUUAAACCCAAGGUCUUUGGAGUUCCCGAUAUUAGAUUUUAUGAUAUUUUUAAUAUGGACUUAAUGAUGGCUGCUAGAGAAAAUUUGGUAGCAACAAUCUGUAAUCUUAUUAACGGCACCAAACCAAGUGCAUGUGAUGAAGAAUUUUUGAAUGUAAAGAAUUUAAAAAAACCCAAAACGUGUUAAUUUGAAAACGUUCUUAUAAUAUAAAUUUACACAGUUAAUACAGAGCAAAUUAAUUAUUCAAAUGUUAUUCCCUUUACUGUCUUCUAUUAACUUGUAAAAUUGCAAGAUUAAUAUAAUUCGAU